AUGGAUCGCACCGAGUUUUUCGGCUCGCAGGUCGGCGGCGAGUCCGUCAUUAGCUACAGCUACACCGACAUGCCCUGGAGGCUGAUGAUGUGGGAUGUGAAAUACUUCUUCACCUUUUCCUGGGCUCUGCCUUGGGUAGUGUGGCCAGUCCGACCUUGCGACGGAGACCAUUUCGACGAGCUCUCGUUUACCUGGCAGAACUUGUGGUGCAUCGCCAUCCAUGCGAUUCUCGCAGUUAUGCAGGUUUUCUUCAUAUUAACGCUACCUUUAGCUCUCCUCUUGCCGGCUUGGAUGGUGAUAAUGUAUUGGGGUGCAUUUUUCUCGGUAAAUUGGCUGCUAUGCCUCGGUUUGAACGGUAACACCAUAACGUUUCACUCUGAUCCAGAAUACGCGCCCGCGUUAGAGGAGCACGCGCACGAGCAGUGGAUAUUCUUAAACGGCGUGGCCGUCGGGGAAGCUUGGCUAAAAAGCAACAUCAAUCGUCUAGCCCUUACAUUCAAGCGGCCGGUUAUAGGCGUACAUAACCGUACUACGGGUAUCAUAUUCGACGUCGUCGAAUGUCUAAUUCAGCGAAAUUUUGGAUAUGCUACGAGCGACAUUCGUCUAGCUUACAAGAUUGUCAAAGAGAAGCUGUAUAAUCCGCGGUAUUCGAAAGUGGUAUUUAUCUUGCAUUCCCAGGGAGGAAUCGAAGGAGGUCUAGUCUUGGAUUGGCUCCUUCAAGAGCUGCCGCAAGACCUCCUCUCCAAACUGGAAGUCUACACUUUCGGGAACGCGUCUAACCAUUUCAACAACCCGCAUCGACACAUCGACUCCCAGGAAGCCGAAAACAAGGUUCCUAGAACGGAUACUCUUAUACCUAGUACUAUCACAGAAGUCCCGCUUAGCGACUCUCCGAUCGAAACUCGCUCUCUAGAGUCGAGCAGGCGGCUAUCAAACGGCAGCGCAAGUUUUUAUGAAGGCAAUGGGCGCGUCCCUACGCUUACUACUAAGGAAUCGGACACAUCGCGAGCGACGGCUUACACCGUACCCGCGUCUGAUCGCGCGAUCGCCCACGUCGAGCAUUACGCCCACACGACAGAUUUUGUCGCGUUAUGGGGGAUCUUGCAUUUCGUUAGAAACGAGAGGGCCUCUCCAGAGAUGCCCCGAUACAUCGGUCGUGUGUUCAGCCGUACCUCCGCGCGUGGCGGCCAUCAGUUCUGCCAGCACUACCUAAACGGGAUGUUCCCGCUCGCGCGAAACGCCAAGGGCGAAUUCAUCGGAUGUGCCGAGCACAACGAUUUUAUGAGCAGCAUCGUGGAAGUGGCUAAGAGGGGCGCGGAGAAAGAUAGCGUACGCGAGGCUGUUGAUAAUAAUUGGUCCCUGAUCGAGCUCGCGGGGCGGAAGGGAAGCAUUGUUAAGGGCCCGGUUGCGGUGCAUGGUAGCUUUCACGAAGACGACGAGAUCAACGACGGAAAUGUGAGGGUGAAAGAUCUGAGCCGGCUGUGGCAGUACAGAAAUGGGCGAAGUCCUCCGGAUCUACCGCGGGAAGUGAGAAGGAUGACUUUUGAGUACUAA